GCUGGUAGAAUACGGCGUGGACGUGUUAACAAAGAAUCGUGACUGUCUGACGCCGUGUAUGCUGGCUGAGAGACAGGGUCACCUGACGUGUGUCAACUAUCUCAUCGUGGUGGAGUCAUGCUCUACCUUCUCUGAACAGGUCAUCUACCUGAAGCAGUCGCUAGGCAACAAGCUCCUCCCCAACAGAACGGCGCUGGACGCACAUCUUCCAGACGAGAGCCAUCAGGAGAUACGCAAGAUGUUGGCAGACUACGCAGGUUUGACCCGAGAGUUAGUCCAACAGUUCCAGCAGCUCCGGGCUCCCAGCAGCCCCCAGGACCUCAGAGUACAGAAAAAGGCAGCGGAUUUGCAGACACGGUUUCAGCAGCUACAACAGGGAGGGAGGCCGAGACCUGGAACAGCAAACAGCAAACUGGGGCUGGAGCCUCUAGAUGUUAUGAGACAAAGACUGUCAGAGGCAGGUCGCAGGUUAGCCGACUCCCUACCAGAGGUCACGACCCCGCGACCUCCGACUCCACCCUUCCUGCAGUCUCCUCCCAGGGUGCAAAGGCUUGUGGGAAGCCCCACGCAAAGGACUGUGGGUAACACGAGCGACCCUGACUCUAGCAGUGGAAGUAAUUUGCCACUCUUGGCGGAUCCGGACGAAAACUCGCCGAUACAUGGCAGAUACGAACAAGCCUCAACAGUGACAGAACCUUUACCUUUGAGAAAAGAGGAGGCCAAACCGGUGGAAGGAUCUCAGACGCAGAGAAGAGAUGUGGUCGAAAGGGUCGUGAUGAGGAAAGAAAAUAAACCCCGAGACAAGUACGAGUCUGAGAGCUCGACAGAGCCAAAUUCGCCACGGACGUUAACGAUGGUGGCGCGAGCAGUGAAGUCCAAGUUCACCAGGAAAAAGAACCAUUCUCCUUACAGUUCCCCGUCUUCUAGCCUCAGUAGCAUGUCUUCCUUCACUGACGGAGACACCCCCGUCAGAAACGGUGCCAAUGGUUUGGCCCAUAGCCCCAAGAGAGCACCAGCAACCUCAGAACAGAAACCCAGGACUUCUAACUCUGCCGAGGGCUCAAAGAACUCCCCCGACGCAGCAAAAGACUCUCAACCUCCACACAGAUCGAGAGGGAAAAGACCAGUGGUUGAAAAGUUAAACAGUAACGACAACCUGCACCGAAUAUUCGAGAAGUACAACAUCAAGGGAAUUCUAGAGGACCCGUCAGAAACCAAUGCUAAGUCAUUUGGCGGAUUCCGUACGCCGCUAGAGGUAAGUGAGGUACCGGAAUUGAACGUUGACGUGCACCAACCACCAAUGGACUACCUUCGCCGACUACAACCUUCCGAUCCUCCGCUUAACACCGAGAGUUUCGCGGAGAAAGACGAUUCCCCCGCCGCCCGUAGCUCGCCUCUUCCGGGCAACGCGCGAAGUCGCAGCAGCCCGAAGAGUUCUCUCAAGGAUCCGAACUCCAAACCGAAACAGCACGGACACCGCGUUACGUUCGAGGAGAAGGUUUCGCAGAUCGAAGUGGAACGGUACACGGAUGACGUUUCGGAACGUUCGUGGUCCAACGCCGACGACCACUCCGUAACGGUUUUACCGGGAGAGAUGGGUAUAGGGAGUGUACAUGUGACAGAGGCUCAGGUACAUUACACAGAGACAGAGGUGAAACUUAAGGAUGUGUCCGACGUGUCCGGGGAAGGUGGGGACAGUGUUCACCAGGGGGAGGGACAGCGCGAGAGGGAACAGCCUGAGGGUGUACCUGCCCAGCACACAGAGCAGGAAGGUGCUAUCCCACUACAGAACUCACUGGACUUCUAUAAUGUGGAUGGAGACCAAGACAAACCAUGGUAUGAAAGUUCUGGAGACGAGGGUGAAGAAAAAUCAAACUCUCAUCAUUCUACGAGACAAGACCCCCCUCCCAAUAUAGCCCACCCUGAACCAGAACUGGAACUGGAACCUGAACAAGUUAUGUACUUCUAGAACCACCACAGGGACAUGUACACAAUGUAUGGUGCCAGUAGGGUUAGGCUUGCAAGUAGAGCUGUGUACCUAACAGGGCUCGAAAUUAAAGUGGUCCAAUGGCCACUGAUCACUGAAAUCUAGGCAG